UCUUGGAUGAUAUAUUGUACUUCAAUAACAGUCAUAAACUUGUUCAGCUCUUGUGUCACAGGUUUGAAGAAUUUUGUUGGAUUUUUGAUAAACUUGCUUCAAUUCUGAUGUCAUCAAGUGUAAAUUGUAAUUUGUCCAAUCCAUGGUAUGAAUGAAAAAGUUAAAGUGAAGUUAAUAGCAAGAAAAGAUACCUUCAGAAACAGCUUGGAAUUUAAUUUUGAUGCAAUAAGACUUGAUAAAAUAACUUAAAAAUAUGUUGAGGAAUUUCUAAUGUGCUUUGGAAUAUAUCUGCAUUGUUCAAUUAGUCUCUAGGAAUACAGAAUUUUUUUAAUUUUAUUUCUGACAACUUUUUGGAGUCAUCUACAUGCAUGUCUAUCCUCUAAGUGUCUGCUUUAAUUGACAACAAUUGUUUUGGAUUUUAGAAAUGAUAAAAAAAGUUCCAAAUUAUUUGUGGAUUUAUUGAGGAAUAAUUGCUGUUUCAUGGAAACAGGAUUUUGUGACAAGAUUUUUGUCCAUACAUGUCUGUUACAGCAUAGGAAAUUUGGAAUUUGUUGAACAUGUAAAGUAAAACACAAUUUGUGGCUCACCUAUGCUAAUGAAAUCAAUGCUACAUAUUUUUGUGAUCCAUGUUUGGUGAUUAGGUUGUUAAUAUUCUCUUCUGGUGUCGUCAAUCACAUCAAAAAUCAAUUAUGAAUAAUAACGGAUAUGUGAAAAUAAGAUUUCCGAAGUGUAUAAACGAGAUGAUGGAAAAGAGCGAUCAGAAAAUGCGAAUGCAUUUAAGUUUGACGGAUACAACUGGAGUUCCGAUCCAACAUAACUUGACUAAUCUGAUAAAAAGUGUGGGAUUUAUAGAAAGGUUACCAGAGUAUUCUAGUCAUAUCUUAAGGGCACAAGCAGUUAAAAGAAAGUUAGAAGCACAAAGAGAAGAAAAAAGGAGACAAAAUAUAUUAAGCAAGCGCAGUGAAGAACAAAGACAGGCAACUGAGAAAUUUCAACGAUCCCAUAUAAGUAGUCGUCCAUCCAGUAAAAACAGCAAUAGCAGUCACAGUGGUAAAAGAUCUCCAAAGUUUACCCAGAGAACCUUAGAAGAUACUUUAAAGUUAGUCAGAGGGUCAUCGUCAGGGAGACAUAGUGCUAAACAUCAGACAUCACCGUACAGCACUCAACUGUUUAGUACCGAUCCUCUGAACAAACCGUAUGUUAACAAAUACUCAGGGUCAUAUCAUCAAACGCCAGAGAAACAAAAUGACAACAGCAAUGCAAAUUACCUUCAUAAUAAUAGUUUACGGAACUUGAACAGUAGCCGUAAUUUGUUCGAACAACAACUGGAACAGCACCAACAGCUUCUUGUGGAACAGCAACAAAGGACGUUGAAUGAAUUCAAUGAUGCAAUUAAAAAUGAGAUUGCUAGUGACAGAAGUGUGCAAGGGGUGGACGUUGAGUAUGGCCAUCAGAAUAUACCUCGGUCAGAAAGUCUAGAUAGUCUUGAUAGUCUGGAGAAUUCUGAAGAUUCGAUAAGACAGAAUCGUGAUUUAACAUAUAAUCAAAAUCAAAGUGAGGCUAAUGGGGAUCAAGAGUUUAUAAAUAGAUAUAGUACAAAAAAUGACCUUAGUUAUAGUAAUGGUCAUAAUGGACGUUCUCCUGUAAAUAUUGUUGCGCCACAAAUAAAUUGUCAAAAUAUACAAAAUCAGCUAGUAAGUGACCAGUAUGAAAAUAGUAAAAAUGACAGAUAUAAUGGCUAUCAAGCUAAUGGUAGGAUUGAUUCUUAUGAUGUCAGCCAAAAUGGAGUUAAUGAUGUGACAAAGACACAAACAGCUGCCAAUCGUCCAAAAGUACAGCUGCGAGCAUGGGCCACACCCUCUCCUGUUGAUUCAAGCCAUAGACAGCCACCACAACAGGAACCAGUCUCUCAGAACUCCCAGAGAAUGGUUACUAAUGCUAGUUUGUAUACACAAAGAAAUACCAUGACAACUGUAACCACAACAACUGCCUAUGCCAGAGGUGCCAGUAAUGCAGGGCAACAGUAUGCUCAAAGCAAUAUAAAUACAAAUGGGGAAGCAGAUGCCUCUGCUAUGACAAAUGGAUCAGGACUGCCUCAUCCACAAGUUAUGGUCUUUAAAAAACAAAAUGAAGGUCGAACAACACAACCAAGUAAAAAUAUGGAAUUUUUAGAAACCGUUACUAAUGGUUAUGGUAGUGAAAGAAGUGACCUUUAUGAAAAUAAUAUAAAUGGAGACUUCCAGAGAGAGCCUCCUUCUGAUUCAAAUACAGUUGUUCCUAAAGAGCCUCCACCUAGCCGUGUACCACGACCAGUCACUGUUGUAAAGAAAGUUAUUCCAAGUAAACAAAUUGCUGUUCCAAGUGCUCCAUCGAUGACUCCUCCAAGCAAUAUAAAUCAGACAAUAGUGAAUGCUAAAACAACAUCUACACCAGUAUCACAACCAAUUAAGGUUUUGUCCGUUUCAAAAGUAGAUAAUAAAGAAAAUGAACCAAAACAAACAUACCUAAAUAAUGAAAACACACCAAAACUACAGGUACUUCCUGGAGGUAAAUUAACAGUUUUACCAGACAAACCUGUCAUGCCUGCACGACAAGCUGUAGGACAACCACAGCAGACGACAGCUAAGCAAGUGUCGUAUGCUCCACCACAGAAAUCAAAAGAUGAUAGUGAAUUGGAAACCAUUUCAAAGGCAAAAUUAAAAGAAAUGGAAUCUGGAGUUGUGAAAAGUAUACUUAAAAGACCUGCUACCUGUAAACUACCAACGUCUGGUACUAUAAAAAGGGCAGGGUCAACAGGAAGCAUGAACAUUAAGGACAGUUUAGAGGUGGCUAAAUCACAGAUGAUUCAUGAAAAAGAAAAACAAACUAAGCCAAAGAAGAAGAGUGUUAGAUUUGCUGGUGUAGAAUACUCUGAUGAGGUGGAGGAAGAAACAGAAGAGGAAGACAAAUUAUUCACUAAACGCAUUUCAGUAAAAAUUACUCCAAAGAAGAGGCCAUUUUCUGCAAAACCAAAUUUACAAACAACUGAAACCGAGAUCACACAUAAAUCCCAGGGGAGAGCUGGGAGUGCAUCAGUGCUUUCUCAGAAACACAAAUCAACAAUACGGCCACAAGCAGCUGCUCAUAUUAUUACCCAUAAUACUUUGAAGGAAAAUACACAACCAGAGAAAAGAAUAUCUGUUGUGAACAACAACUUCAUGUCCAAAGUACCAGUAUCAAGUGUAGCCAAGGGUUUGGUAUCACAAUUUCAGCCUGUAUCAUCUGAAAUAACUAUGUACACUGUACCAGGUGCUAGAUUAAAUUAUGCUGUAUCAGCAUCUAAUUACCCUGUAGCGUCAACGAUGGUUACAUCUCAGAAACAGGAAGUUACUCCAAACGGUUACUAUCAACAGCCAAUGAUGAGUGGGUCAACACCAGCACAAGGAUUAACUAACGGUAUUUAUCAAGAAGGGCCAGUUUAUGAUGAGAAUGGUAUGAGAAUCGACAGGACACCCACAGACGAUGAGAUUAAUUUCUUAUGGGAUAAAGUAAGAACGUGUUUACAUAGGACACCAGCACCUAAUAACAGUCCUACGUCUGAUCCUGUUAAACCACCUUUCUUCGAUCAGCCUGUUUCACGGCAGGCAGCACAUGUUUCGCAUACAAUUAUUGAUGGAGCUGCUCUUGGACAAAUAGCCAAUCAAACUCGUGUUUCUAGUUACAACACAACAAAUCCUACAACCCCAGGUAGAAAAAGUGUUGAUCCUAAUGGGUAUCAGAGAAGAUAUGGUCUGUUACAGAGACAGAAACAACCCAACCCUAACAGUCUGAGUAACAAUAACCAACUACAAAGGGAGACAAUUACAUACCAUGGUCCUAUGUCAAGUAAUCAGGAACCACAACAAGGGAACCCACAGUUUCAGCCUCGACAAGACACUGCUGACAGUAUGACUGCAUUUUUGAUGGCUGAACAGUUAGCCCAGCAGUCCAUGUCUGAGAGUCAGAUGCACCAUGCCAUGAAUGAUGUACAGAGUAACCCAAUCAGUGCAAACAGACCUGCUCCUAAUGUACCAUCAGCUUUGUCUAUAGAAGAGAGACGGUUGCUUGAAUCACUAGAUAAAUUAAAUGACCAAUUGAAAAUAUCAGAGUUUCCAGGCCCUCUACCUCAACAAGCCCCUCCUCCCCCUCAACCAGUACAACAAGCUGUACCUCACCACUAUGUACAUCCACCAAAUUAUACAAGUGCAUACUCAAUGUACAACACUAAUGCUGGAGGUUUCAGAGGUCACCAUCCUAUACAACAUAAACGGAACUCGGCAGGACAGAGAAAAAUGUCACCAACAAUUCAGAAUUUCCGGUUUUCUUGAGAAGAGGACAUGGAUGUCCUCAGUUGGUGAAGGAUGUUUAGCUUUGUUGUUAGAAUAGAAUAUUGCUUCAAUUAUUUAUGGUGCAGAUUUAAUGGAUUUCAAUGUAGAUGGCACUGGAAAUUUUCACAGUGGUUCUACAGAAUUAACGUUUUCAUUAAAAUCAGUGUAUGAAGUUUUUCA